AUGAGCGUUGUUAACGGAUUGCUCCGUGUGAGCAGACUGAUUCGGCCAUCCGCAUCACUUGCGAGAUGUUUGCUGCCGGCUACCGGGCAUCCAUCAACGUCCGCAUUCAUCCAGGCGCACCAAGCUUGCCCCAAAUGGAUGCCCUCACACAGGACACUGAGCACCAAAGUGGCCGAAGAAGGAUAUCACUCGAUAAUACGCGACCAGGAGAAAGCGGUUGGAACAACUGAUAAGCAUGAGUUUCAGGCUGAAACGCGCAUGCUGCUCGACAUUGUGGCCCGGUCACUCUACUCCGACAAGGAAGUGUUUGUACGAGAGCUCGUUUCGAACGCAAGUGAUGCGUUGGAAAAGUUCCGCUUUCUCACACAAACCUCCUCCGACAGUGGAGAAUCCGGCGAGUUUGCGGAAGCGGAUCGUGCGCUCGAGAUACACAUUGGCACGAAUAAGCAGGACCGUCAGCUGACAAUUCAGGACACCGGUAUCGGUAUGACGCGUGAAGAGCUUGUGGCAAAUCUGGGUACGAUUGCGCGGUCCGGUUCGAAGCACUUUAUCGAGCAGCUAAAAGAGAGUGGCCGUGGCACGCAGGAAAACGUACAGAACAUUAUCGGCCAGUUUGGUGUUGGGUUUUACUCGGCGUUCAUGGUAGCAGACCGAGUGGACGUGUACACCCGUUCGUCGCGUGCUGGUGCUCCCGGCUUAAAAUGGUCCUCGGAUGGAUCGGGCACAUUCGAAAUACAGGAGGCGGAAAACGUCGCAAUCGGCACAAAGAUUGUGAUCCAUCUGAAGGCGGACUGUCGUGAGUUUUCGGAUGAGGACCGUAUCCGGGAGGUGAUCCGACGGUACAGUAACUUUGUCGGUAGUCCUAUCUACCUGAACGGCAAGCAGGCGAAUCAAAUCCAACCGAUUUGGUUGAUGGAACCGAAGCAAGUGACCGGUGAGCAGCAUAACGAAUUCUAUCGUUUCGUUGGUAACACGUUCGACACGCCACGGUUCACGUUGCACUACAAAACGGACGUUCCGCUUAGUAUUCGGGCGCUGCUUUACUUUCCUGAAGGCAAACCGGGCCUGUUCGAAAUGUCACGCGACGCGGACAGUGGAGUGGCAUUGUACACUCGCAAGGUCCUUAUUCAAUCGAAAACGGAAAAUCUGCUCCCGAAGUGGUUACGCUUUCUGAAGGGAGUUGUCGAUUCCGAGGACAUUCCACUUAAUCUGAGCCGCGAGCUGUUGCAGAACAGUGCGCUGAUUCGAAAGUUACGAACGGCGCUAACCAAUCGUACGCUACGCUUCCUACACGAUCGUUCCCAAAAGGAACCGGAAAGUUACGAUAAAUUCUACAAAGAUUAUGGUCUCUUCCUGAAGGAAGGCAUCGUGACCAGCCAGGAGCAACAGGAGAAGGAAGAGAUUGCCAAACUGUUACGAUUCGAAACGAGCAAGGAACCCGAUCGGACGGUAUCGUUGCCCGAGUACUGUCAACGGCAGGCCGAAGGACAGAAAGAUAUCUACUAUCUGGCCGCACCGAACCGCACCCUUGCCGAAGCAUCACCGUACUACGAAUCGCUGAAAAAGCGCGGCAUUGAGGUGUUGUUCUGCUACGAAGCUUACGACGAGCUGGUACUGAUGCAGCUAGGCAUGUACCUCGGCAAGAACCUCGUUUCGGUUGAGAAGGAGAUGCGUCGUUCGGAUGCAGCUACCGAUGGCACCGACCAGGACGGACUGAUCGAGGGAUCACUGCUGAAAACGCAAAUUGAUGAACUGUUACCGUGGCUGAAACAGAAACUAGUCGGCAAGGUGUCGAACGUCAAGACGACCGGCAAACUCGACACACAUCCGUGCGUAGUAACGGUGGAAGAAAUGGCCGCCGCUCGGCACUUCAUCAAGACCCAAAGUCAUAACAUCAGCGAAGAGAACCGUUACGCACUGCUGCAACCGCAGUUUGAAAUCAAUCCAAAACAUCCGAUCAUCAAGAAGCUGCACAAACUCACAUCCAGUGAUCCAGACCUGGCCGAACUGCUGGCGAAACAGCUCUUCUCUAAUGCCAUGGUCGGGGCUGGUUUGGUAGAUGAUCCGCGGAUGCUGCUGACCAGCAUGAACGACCUACUGCAGAAGGUACUUGAUAAGCAUUAG